AUGAACCUCUUCGCCUUCCGCUCGGUGUUCCGGCCCUCGAAAAUACCGUCGACGACGCAAACUACAAAUAUCUGGCAACGCACAUCGCAAUGGCAAUGUCGGCAACAACAACAGGCGCAAAGAACACCCACAGCCUCCUUCUCCUCCACCACACGAAUGGAGAAGCGAGCCAAAGGCCCCGGUACUGAUCCGCGAAUAGUAAACAUCCGCUACCACCUCCAACACCCCCUAACCCCGCGCCCCCUCCACUUCUCCCGCAACCGCUUCCUCCGCCAUUGGACUAUUCACCGCGCCUGGAUGCUUUUCCUGCGCAAGCGCCGCUGGGCUGAGGAGCGCGAGCUAGAGCGCCAAUACAUGGCGAUGCGCGACGCCUGCGAGCACUUGCGCCUGUUGGAUAACAACGGUAACCGCGUGAGUGAGGCAGAGGCUGGUGGUCAGGGACCGGAUGCGGGGCGCUUGGGUACGAGGGGUCGGGAGGUGGGACGGUUGUAUCGGAGUGCCAUGUUGAAGAGGGGAGUGUGGGGGAGUGUGCCGGUGGAGUAUGGGAGGGUUCAGACGGAUUUCCCGAGUCGGGAUGGGUGGAAUCAUGCGUGGACGAGGAAUUGA